GAGAAAAAAAUACUUCAACCUCAAUAUAUUUGCCUCCAUGAAAUCAUAUUGAGAAAUACAUAUUGAAUUUAUUCAAAUGUUGAAAUGUUGAAUGAUCUCAGUAAUGUCUAAUAGUGAAAGGAUAUAAAUCCAAAUAAAUUGGUGCUUCUUGUUCUUCAGAUUAUUACAGCACAUAGGAGUAUUUAAUAAAAAAUAUUAUGUUGCACCAUACAACAAAGGUCAAAAGGCAAGAAAUGAGAUUUCAUGACUUCAUAUUGUUAUGGUUUAUGAACUAAUGUCAAAUAUUAUGACUUAUCUAAGUGAUAAGUGUUCUUCAAACAAUAAAACUUCUGGGGUAUAGUGAUUACCUAACAGUGAAAUUAUGGAAUGGUAAUUAUAUAGGAAAUUCUAACAGAAGGCACAUUUUUAAUGUGAAAUAAUUAUUUAUUUUAUGAUGAAUACCAUUCAAAAUAUUUUCAAGGCGAAAUUAAAUAAUGUCUUUGGGAUGAUUCAUGUUAAACCAUUACCAGGCACACCGUUGCAUGAUAGAAGCAUUAAACAAAUAGUAUACACUUCCUGCAAAGAAGCUGAGAUAUAUAUGAAAUGUGGUGUAGACGGAAUUAUUGUUGAAAAUAUGCAUGAUAUACCUUAUAUGCCUGCCAAAGAAAUAGGUCCAGAAAUUGUGUCCUCAAUGACUAGAAUUUGUACAGCAGUUAGACAAUUGGUACCUGAACACGUCCCUUGUGGUCUGCAAAUAUUGGCUGCAGCCAAUGAAGAAGCAAUCGCUGUUGCACAUGCAACAGACUUCCAGUUUAUUAGGGCUGAAGGUUUUGUUUUCGGUCAUGUCGCUGACGAAGGUUACAUGGAUGCAUGUGCUGGUAAGUUAUUGAGGUAUCGCAAAUCAAUAGGAGCACAAGAAGUGUGUAUAUUUACGGAUGUAAAAAAAAAACACAGUUCACAUGCCAUUACUCAAGAUGUAAGUCUAAUAGAAACUGCCAAAGCAGCAGAAUUCUUUCUGUCCGAUGGAAUUAUAGUGACUGGAACUGCAACAGGACAACCCGCCAAACCAUAUGAUGUUACUGAGGUUAAAAACUCUGUGGAUGUUCCGGUACUUGUUGGAUCUGGUGUAACCAUAAACAAUGUACAUGAGUACAGAGGUGUGGACGGAUUCAUAAUUGGAUCUCACUUCAAGAAACAUGGCAUGUGGCAAAAUGAACUCGAUGACACUGUUAUAUUAGAAUUUAUGAAUUGCCUAAGAAAUGACUGAAAUAAAGAAACUUGAUUUAUUCAUUAUUGAAUGAAACAUUACCACAAAAGAUAUUAUUCAAAUAUGAUUAGUUAAUUGUUACCAACUACAUUCAAACAAAAAUGGACAACAUAACUGAGAUCGGAAAUGGAUGGAGCACAAAAAAAUUAUAAGUUAAAAAAA